AUGUCCGUACAGCAAUGGGUCACGCCCCUUCAGGGCAUUGACAGCCUGCGCCAGACCGAAGUACCUAUGCCCACUCCGAGCCAGGGUGAAGUGCUAGUGGAAAUCCAUACGGUCUCGCUAAAUUAUCGCGAUGUCGAAGUCACUCAAGGCGAAUAUAAGCACCAUAAAUCUGCUGAGCAUGAUUGUACCAUCGUCCCCUGUUCGGACAUGUGUGGUGUGGUCACCCAUGUUGGUUCCGGCGUGACAAAAUGGGCAGUGGGCGAUCGUGUCCUCUCGACCUUUUUGCCGGACCAUCUCACCGGGCAGGUCACCGAAAAGGAGCUAUCCCGGAGCCUGGGAUUGCCACAGGAUGGCGUCCUGGCCACUCACCGGGUAUUCCCCGAGUACGCACUGAUCAAAGCUCCCGACUACCUGUCCGACCAGGAGGCGAGCACGCUGCCGAUCGCUUCAGUCACGGCGUGGAUGUCCAUCAACGGAAUGCGACCCAUGGGCCAGAAUGGUGGCAAGGACGAGUAUGUCAUGUUCCAAGGCACGGGAGGCGUGUCCAUCGCCGGAUUGCAGAUUGCCAAGGCAUCCGGGGCGAAAGUGAUUAUCACCUCCUCCAGCGACGCGAAGUUGGAGCAGGCAAGACAGUUGGGUGCUGAUCUGACGAUUAAUUACCGGACGAACCCCAAUUGGCAGGACGAAGUGAUCCAGUGGACGGACCAUCACGGAGCUGAUAUCAUUCUCGAGGUUGGAGGAGCCCAGACCCUGCGCAAGAGCUUUGACUGCAUCGCCUUUGGUGGCCUAAUCAACUGUAUUGGAUACGUAUCCGGAAAGAUGGAUGCCGGCGACGAUCGAUUAAAUGUGAACUUGCUGGCCCUACGCCGAACGGUCACCUUGAAGGGGAUCAUCAACGGGCCCAAGGAUCGAUUUGAGGAGAUGAUUCGAUUCUACGAGGAACACCAGAUUCACCCGGUGGUCAACCGAGUCUUUUCGUUCGCGGAAUCCCGAGAGGCAUUCAAGUUCUUAGAGAGCGGCAGUCACUUUGGCAAAGUCGUUAUUCAGGUCAAGCAGUAA